AUGCCGGCUUCUAGAACGCCUUGUUCAAUCGCCGUCGAGGACACUUUCGGCCCAAUAGUGGCUGGCCCCUGCCUUGGGGGCUUUGACUUCACGCUCCUCUUCGAGGAGGCUAUCUUGACCAUCCUCCCGCUGGGGAUUGCUAGUAUAUGGGCUCUGCUUCGAAUUCGGGUUCUACGCCACCAGACAUCAAAGGUUCGGUCAUUAUGGCUUCUCCCACUAAAAAUGAUUUUAUUUGCUACAUACGUCUUUAUCCAAGCUGUGGUAUUGGCAGUGACGACUAUAGAUGGGAUUCCAACGACUCGCCUCACCCUUUGGUGCCAUGCGUCAACAAUAGUCGUCUAUGGAAUUUUGUUGUCCGUAUCAUAUCUAGAGCAUACGCGCUCAGUGCGUCCAUCGACACUGCUGUCUGUUUAUCUCGGAACAUCAAUCCUACUUGACGCUGCGCGUGUCCGCACACUGUUCUUUAUCUCAGGAAAUGAAGUCGUUGCACGCCUCUUCCUCGCCGGGUUUUCUGUCAAGAUUCUGAUCUUUGUUCUGGAAGUCUCUGAGAAACGUCGCUUUCUCAGGUCUAAGUGGCAGGAUGCAUCCCCGGAAGAAACAAGUGGAGCCAUCAACAGGGCUCUCUUUAUUUGGUUGAAUCAUUUAUUUCUCCAGGGCUUCCGAACACUACUGACAGUGGAUGUGCUUACCCCACUUGAUAGUGACCUACUUGAAGCAUCUAAGCCAUCGGCACUUGUCAAACGCUGGGAAGAAGUCGACAAAUCAAGCGACAACGCUCUUCUGUGGACAUUUUUGGCCCAUUACAAAUGGAGCCUUGGGGCUGGUAUUAUUCCACGACUUGCUUACAGUGGCUUUAGCUUCUCACAGCCGUUUCUUGUUCAGCGAGUUCUCGACUUUACUGCAGAAACUAGAGGUCCUAAUUCGCAGAAUAUCGCCUAUGCCCUCGUUGCGGCCUAUGCAAUCGUAUAUAUUGGGAUCUCUUUGUCGUUUUCAGUCUACCAGCACAAGACAUACCGACUUCUCACUCUGUUCCGUGGGAGUAUUAUUGCUCUCGUAUUUGACAAGACUCUUCGCGUCAACUCGUCAGCCGCCGAAAAUGCAGAGGCGAUCACAUUAAUGAGUGCAGACAUUGAUCGCAUUGGAUCCAGCAUGACUCUGGUCCAUGAAGUUUAUGCAUCCUUUAUUGACGGCGCCCUUGCAAUCUUCCUAUUAUACAAGCUUCUUGGGGUGGCUGUAGUCCCCCCACUCGUGUGGAUAAUUGUUUGUUUAUUGAUAGGACUUCCCCUUGCAAAGGCAGCUGGCAAUGCUCAAAUCCCAUGGCUAGAAGCGAUAGAAGAUCGCCUGGCAGCGACUGCGAAAGUGCUUGGCGCGAUGAAGGCUAUAAAAUUGACGGGAUUGACGGACAUCGUAUCAUCUCGAGUCGGAAACCUUAGAUUGGCUGAGAUUCACGCAUCUCUCCGGCAUCGUGUCUUGGUCAUUUUUUCAGCAGUCGUAUCUUUUGCAUCUACCGCUUUGGCUCCAGUGUUGGGUUUUGCCACAUACAUCCUCCUUGACAAAACGAAUGACUCAUUGGGAUUGACAGAAGGAAUCGCGUUUGCCGCACUGAGCGCCUUCGAAUUGCUGGAUGGGCCAAUGGUAGUCGUUAUUGAUGGCUUUGAGCACAUCCAAACUGUUAUCAACUCAUUCCGUCGUGUUCAAGAAUACCUACUAACAGAAGAACGAGCUGAUUACAGGACUUCCCUGGAAGACGUACGGCCAUCUUCGAGAUCAAGGAUUUCACGCUAUCAAAGAUAUGAUGAGAAUAUAACCGCUGAGGGUUCCCCAAGAUCUAAUUUGGUAGGCCUAGAAUUGGAGGUCAUUGUUGAAGAUGCAUCGGCUAGCUACAUUGCAGAAGAUGACCCUGUUUUGCAGAACUUGUCAUUUGAAAUCCCCCGAGGCCAGAUCACCAUGAUAUUUGGUCCCGUCGGUUCUGGAAAGUCGACAUUGCUCAAGCUGCUGCUUGGAGAAAUGCCAUAUGCCACGGGCUCAGUUGCAACCGGGUUUACCAGAGCAGCGUACUGCCCUCAAUCGCCAUGGUCUACCUGGGGCACCGUCCGAAGCAAUAUAGUGGGCAUGUCGGUGUGGGAUGAAAAGUGGUAUAACACUGUUGUGUCUGCCUGCGCACUCUUGGAAGAUUUUUCGGAGCUGGCAAAUGGAGACCAAACUGCAACCGGUGCACAAGGGUCCGGGCUUAGUGGUGGACAGAAAAUGCGAUUGUCUUUUGCUCGUGCGCUUUAUUCAAAAAAUCCUGUUAUGAUACUGGACGAUGUGCUUACAGGACUGGAUCGCGCCACUGAGAGGCAUAUUACAGACGCCGUGUUUGGACCAAAUGGCCUUCUGGAGAAAUUAAACUCGACAGUUAUUCUAGCCACAAAUUCAGCACACCAUUUGAGCUUUGCCAACCACUUCAUAUUCCUCGAUGACGGCGAAAUUGUUCGAAAGGGCCCUGUUGAUACCUUGUCAGUGGAUGGUGGAGUUGUCCUCGAAAAAGUUAUGAGCCAACCUGCUGCAACAACGCCUCGUCCAGAGCCAGAAAUUCCAGAUGAGGCUCAAGAUGCCCUGAAGGAACUCGAGCUUCUCAGAGCAGGUCAUGACACCGGAGAUAUUCAGAUUUAUACGUAUUACGCAGACAUCGCAGGAUGGUGGACUAUUGCAGCCUAUCUCUUGGGCUGUGUCACGUUCGUAUUCGGCAUGACCUUCCCUUCUGUCUGGUUGCAAUGGUGGGUUAACGCCAACGCGGACCACCCGAACGAACGUGUUGGGUAUUGGCUUGGUGUGUUUGGCGCCCUCGCGGUUGUUACAAUUCUUGGUUGCGCUCUAGCGGAUACGAUGUUUAACAUGGUAGUACUGCCAAAGACGGGAAUAAGGUUCCAUGAGCUCUUGUUGAGUACAACUAUGCAGGCCCGAACAUCUUUUCUCACAUCAACCGAUGCCGGAACCACGCUAAAUAGGUUUAGUCAAGACCUAGAAUUGAUCGAUAGCGAUCUUCCCCAAUCCAUUGAUGAAACCGUUUCUCAAUUUUUAUCGGUUAUCGUUUCUGCAGUCUUCGUAUUUAUUGGUUCAGGUUACGUUAUAGCAGUUCUCCCGCUCUGCAUCGUAGCGCUCGGUUUGAUACAGGUUUAUUAUCUACGAACUUCGAGGCAACUACGGCUGCUAGAUAUUGAGGAAAAAGCACCUCUUUUCUCCCAGUUCUUAGAAACCGUGAACGGCGUGGCUUGCAUUCGGGCGUACGGGUGGUCUGAGGAAUAUACGGAGCAGAACUACAAAAAUCUAAACAGAUCGCAGAAGCCAUACUAUCUGUUGUGGUGCAUCCAAAGAUGGCUGACUCUGGUUUUGGACCUUUUAAAUGCGGGCGUUGCCACCCUAGUUGUUGCACUGGCCACCAAUCUUGAGGGUGGGUCGACUGGAUUCCUGGGGGUUGCGCUCUUCAAUAUCGUGAUCUUCAGCUCGACACUUCAGGGUCUGGUAACCGCGUGGACUCAGGUUGAGACAGCGCUUGGGGCAAUAAACAGAAUCCGGUCGUUUAUUUUGAAUGUCGAGAAUGAGAACCAAGAAGACGAGGUGGGCACCGUGCCGGAAGACUGGCCAGAACGAGGUGGCAUUGUGUUCAAGGAUAUUUCGGCCUCGUACGAGGUCUCGCUUGGACCAGUUUUGAAAGAAAUCAGCUUCUCAAUUCAACCUGGUGAGAAGAUAGCUAUAUGUGGGCGAACAGGAAGCGGCAAGUCGUCUCUCAUCUCUACUAUACUUCGUAUGUUGGAGAUUGACUCUGGUUCCAUUACCAUUGACGAUGUCGACAUCAGCAAGAUUCCGCGACAAGAAGUGCGAAGCCGGUUGAAUACAAUAUCGCAGGAAACUUUCUUCCUACACGCUAGCGUGCGCGAAAAUAUCGACCCCCUUGAAACUGCUAGCGAUGAACGUAUUAUUGAGGUGCUUCGCGCCGUAAGUAUGUGGGACUACUUUGAGUCACGCGAUGGACUUGAUGGCGAUGUGGAAGAGGAGAAAUUGUCCCAUGGACAACGACAGCUAUUUUGUCUCGCUCGUGCUAUUAUCAAGCCAGGGCAGAUCCUUAUUAUCGACGAGGCAACAAGCAGCAUGGAUUCCGAAACAGACGAACUCAUACAACGGGCACUACGUAACGAGUUUGAGGGUCGCACUAUAAUUGCUAUUGCACACAAGUUGCAUACCGUGCUUGACUUCGAUCGGAUCAUGUUGCUUGAGAAAGGUCGGAUUGUUGAAACUGGAAACCCACAGGAGCUUCUCGAAACAGCGACAUCAGCUUUCCGCGCCCUUUACGAGAGUCUUGGUGAAGAUGUGCAAUAGACCAAAGCAUAAGUAGGGUCAAUAGAAUUACAUGCCUCUUUGCACCC